AAGUAGCAAAGCUUUAUACCAUCAUCAAAAAGAUCUUAAUGUUUCAAAUACUGAUGCACAUCAAACGUUUGAUGAUUGAACAACAACAGUAACUAACAAUACACACCGUCUUCACACACAAUAUUAAAAAAAUGUUCUUACUAUUAACAAAUUUUUGGUUAGUCUCACAAGACAGCUGGUUAAAAAAAAAUAUUUUACCAUAAAACUACUCGACUGAUACGUUCCCAGGAUAUGAACACUCAGCUGCACAGUCGUGAAAUUUAAGUACGAUCAAAUAUCUUACUAUGUCUCGAACACACACGCAAACAUACUCUUGAUAUUCUACAUCCCGCUAUUAGUCAUUCACUGGGCCUCGAUCAUGGCGGUCACCUAACGGAAAGAAUCAAUGGGGAGGAGUACUACAGCGUGUUGUUCCGAAAGAACACACUAAAAUAGUCUUCUUCUUACAAUCAUAUGCACGUCAAGUAAAUUAAAUAGAAGGCUUACCUUUAAACAUUUACAAUCCGAUGAGUUUUAUACUACAAACACUCGCACAUCAAAACACUCCAUCCCUGCGGAACACUUCUACGCACUCACCAGGAAGAAUUUUGAAACACUGGUGUCGCAUCCCGCCAGCAGAUGUCAACACUUUACUCAAAACACUGUCGGACGAUGUCACGUGGUGACGGUAACGUGGAGUGAGGGCAGGGUGAUAGGUGUUAUCGGAGAAAAAGGGUCAUGUAUUAUUACAAGAUCGCUGUUAGGAAUUGAAACUCAUAUUGAUUCGAUCUUCUCUAACUGAAAUCACUUCGUUGACAAGAUGGCUACGAGGUGGGGAAUUGCUAGUGCUGGCAAAAUCAGUCAUGAUUUUGUAACUGCACUCGCUACUUUGCCGGCUGAUGAACACACAGUCGUUGCAGUUGCAGCUAGACAAAUUGAAAGAGCUAAGGAGUUUGCUGAUCUGCAUAAGAUACCAAAGGCAUAUGGAUCAUAUGAGGAAUUGGCUGCUGAUGAGGAAAUAGAUGUAGUGUAUAUUGGCGCUGUAAAUAACACUCAUUUAGACAUUGGAAAGCUUAUGCUAAAUAGUGGUAAGCCAGUUCUUUGUGAGAAGCCUCUCACUUUGAAUUUGAAACAAACAAGAGAACUGAUUGAUUUAGCAAGACAGAAAAAGCUUUUUUUAAUGGAAGCAGUAUGGUCACGUUGCUUUCCUGCAUAUGAAGCAUUACGAAAAGAACUGGAAUCUGGAAAGCUAGGUGACAUCCUUCAAGUACAAGUUGUAUUUGGCUUGCCAAUUGCUGAUGUGGAGCGUGUCAAGUUAAAAGAAUUAGGAGGAGGAACAAUCCUUGACUUGGGAGUCUAUGUAUUACAAUUUGCUAUGUUUGUAUUUGGACCAAAACGUCCCAAAAAUAUUGUUGCUUUGGGACAUUUAAAUGAACAAGGAGUUGAUGAAAGCAUGAGUUGUAUAAUAACUUACGAAUCUGGGCAAACAGCAGUUCUGAGUACACAUUCUAGAGGGGAGUUUCCCAAUGAAGCAUUGGUUGUUGGCUCUAAAGGUGUAGCUUGUGUGGCCAAACCCUUCUGGUGCCCUACAAAAAUAAUUACUCCUGAGAAGACGAGUGAGUUUAUUCUCCCUAGCACUAGUUUACCUCUCAAUUUUACCAACAGUCAAGGUCUGCGCUAUGAGGCAAUGGAAGUUCGGCGCUGUCUUAGGCAGGGUCUUCUUGAGAGUCCAAAAAUGACUCUUGAUGAAAGUCUGUUGUUGGCCGAGUUGGAAGACACUAUACGCCAUAAAUUAGGUGUAAAGUACGAUGUUGAUUGAUCACCAUCAAAUUACGUGAUUUCUUACUUGGUGACAGGACAUUUUAUUGACUAAUUUUGAUGUGAUGGAAUUGCAUUUUCUCUUUGUCAAUAUAUUUUUCUUUUAUAAUUUUAGCUAAAAUUAGCUACAAAGUAAAGUAUUUUUAUACAAUUUAUAUGGAGUAUUCAAUAAGCAAACUGUUAUUAAUGUCAAUACAACAAACUUUGCUUGUAUUUUCUGAAAAGGGCAAUUUGAUACCUUGUUAUUCGGUGCUAUACUUUUAUCUGUAAGACUGUUGCACAAGAAAGAUAUUUUUACCAAAGCUUAAACUUCUGUUUCUUCUUUCAAUAUAUAGUACAGCAUUAUGAAAUUUUGUAGAAGAAUUAUUAAAUGAAGAAUAUAAUUGAAUAAAUAAUUUUUUUCAUGGA